GGAAGAUAUGAUGCGUGAUAGGAAUUUUACACAUCAAAACAAUUUUGAUUUGUGACUGUUUUUUAAUUAGUCAAAUCAUAAUGUAGAACGUGUUGUUUCGCAGUCAUAGUUUAUAUCUACACGUCUAAUGACUUCCACGCACGAAGUGAAAUAUGACAUAAAAUCGUACACGAUGUUCGAACGACCGAAAACCAGCCACGGGAGACGGGCAAGUACCGGGAAUUCCAUGUAUCACGAGGCGAAACCCGUCCGACGAGAGUACCAGUAUCCAGACAGAAUAGAGCAUGUCCCGUGGGAAGGUACCGGAGGGGAGCAGGAUGGCGAGGGGCGGUUCCACGACACUGAUCCAGGGGGCAGUGAUCAGGGGAUGGAAUUUCACCAGCAUUCUAGGAACCACAGGAGAGAGUCUGGAGGGCAGCAAGUAGAGGGGUUUGACAGGCCCGACUCUCGGAGGGGGUAUCCCCGUCCUGGCAGACCAUUUGUCGACUGUGGACUCGACAGUCCUCGUUGUGCCUCCUUUGAUGAUGAGAGUUAUGUCCCUUCUUCUCAUCCUGCGACUGCUGAGGAACCUAAACGAAAGCUGCGGCCGAAGUCGGCUAGACGACACAGUACACACGGUCCACACGGUCCACACAGGACACAAGUCUUCGAUGUCCCCAUCACUCGUCCACCAUCGUCUUUGACCAGGUUUCAACCCUUACCUUCAAUUGGAUCAAAACCGGACAACACAGCGGGGGGCGAGAUGGAUCGACUCGUGCUUCACGCAGACAAACUACAACUCCAUGAUGGCGAGGACCACAUGGGCAAUUCCGUGUCACAACAUCCGACCAGACACGAACCCAGAUCAGUCCACCACGAUCACAAACACAGAUCAAAACAACACCAAGAACCGCACGAACCAGAACAUAAAUCACACUUAAAACACGGAUUCGAGUACAAAGAAGACGACUCUGAUUUGAAAUAUUCCGGACUGUCUGAAAAUCAUGGUUUCCAUCAAGAAAUAGACGGUGAAGGAUUCUUGAGAAAGAGUGAUGUCAGACAAGAGAGAAAAUGGUUGAAGCACUCGGAGAGGAGUCACGCUUCACCAGACAGAUCGCCGAGGGCUGAAGACCGGGGGUUGUUCAGACCGUCUCAGAUUGGUGGAAGAACUCGAAAAGUCAGUCUGUCUCCAGAACCAUCGGACAAUGAGUCUCGUCUGCUGUUGGCGGUCAAACUUCCGAGCGACGGGCAGCGUUUCCAGAGGUACUUCCGACCGUCGAGUUCGCUGAGAGAGGUGAUUGUGUUUGCCGAGAGUGCCGGCGAGGUCGACCUGUCUGCCUACUCCAUUGCUUGUAACGCCCCACGGAGAGUCUUCACGGACUUCGAUCAGACCUGUCAGGAGGUUGGACUACAGGACCGCACGCUGCUCUAUUUCGAACGGAGGAACAUUUGAGUUG